GCGCGUUAUUAAUGUAUCGCGCUAUUUAGAUAUCUUGGCGUUGUUGGUGUAAUGCUUCCAAAACAUUUUUUUUGCCAUAGAAGUGGUUCAGCACAUUUUUGAGUCCGCGUAGAUAAUUUGUCCACGUACUUUUAUGGGUGACCACAGGGAAAAUUUUUUUAAGCAUCCCAGAAGAAAAACAGCCUACGUUGCUUCACGUUAUUUGGAAAAAUCAAAUACCAUCCAUCGAUCUGUUUCGUCUGUAAGAGAAAAGUCGGUCAAUGAACGACAAAAUAGUUCUGUUGUGAAGCGGCAAUCGUCUCCGAAAUUUGGAGUCAAUGCAUCGAACGCUCAGUUAAUCAUUGAUGAUUCAGUUGCUUCUGCAAUUCACUCACAUGACAUGGAACAUGGUAGCGUAAUUGAACAUUCUUCUGGUUCAUUAAUCUUGGAUAAUCCUGUAAAAAAGCUUAAUGAAUUAGAUGUUGAUUCACUGUCUGAUAUAUCAUUAGCUGCAUAUACUGUCUGGAUAUUGUUUCAACGUUAUACAUCAUCUUACAUUGUGAAUAAAGUGGAAUGUGAUUAUGCUAAAAUAGUUGGUCUGUUAAAUCGCAUAAAAUCUACACGCGAAGAAAUUAUCCGCUUACGUAAAGCAAAACAUGAUUGGGAAAACUGGUUUCAAUCGGUCAAAGAUUUACAUAAUGAGCACAAGAUACUUACAGAUUUAAUUCAAAUAAUGGGUAUAUCUGAAUAUAAUUCAAAAGAGAAUGAUAGUUCUUUAGACAGUCAAAAUUUUAAUAAAACAGAAUUAAUUCCUCAGCUUGAACAAUUUAUAUUACAAAAAUUUUCACCUGUGUUAAAUCGUUUAACUGUGAAAGAAAUAAACUUGGAUAAAUGUGAAAAUGUUUGUCACGAUUUACAACAACUUGGUGACAUAGCAUCUUUGUUUUCAAGCAUCAGUGAAAAUGAUAUUGACUCAUUUGAACAGUUAGCAGAUGAAGUUAAUAAUUUUGCUGAUCACUUACAAAAUAGAAUUUAUCCUCAAAAUAUUGCACAAUAUGAACAGUUAAUGCAAUGUUUACAAACUUUUAUUUUAUAUACUUCACUGAAAUGUGAACAAAUUGAACGUAAAUGGCUUAAACAAAUACUUUUAACAGAUUAAUUUUUUUAAAAAUAUUUUUCCGAAGAAAAACUUUAUUAUCAAUAAAAUUGUUGACUUUUCUACGCUGUUAAGUUGAUUGUUUUUAUUAGGUACUGUAUUA